AUCCUUGAAGACGAGGACCUUGCACAACAAAUACAUCUCCACCUGCAAGGCAUUGCGAAGGACGGCUACGUGAAAGCACAGGAUGUUGUUGAUAUUAUGGCAACUCCGGAGAUGAAACAAUACCUAGGCUUGAAGACUGGCAUCACCCUGCGGACGGGUCAGCGUUGGCUGCAUAAUAUGGAGUGGAGAUAUGGGAAGGCAACAAAAGGAAUGUACAUUGAUGGCCAUGAGCGGGCUGAUGUCGUCGAAUAUCGGAAAGGAUUUUUGAGUCGCAUGAACGAGUAUUCAAAACGGAUGACGACUUACGAUCGUGAUGGAAAUAUCCUAUCCAUGCCCACCGGAAUUGAUCUUGCUGCCGGAAUCUACCCGCUCAUCAAAGUGACCCAGGACGAAUCCACAUUCACGAUGUAUGAUAGACGGCAGACAAAAUGGGACCACGAAGAUGCAAAGCAACCAGAGGCCAAGGGUGAAGGGCCCUCGUUGAUGGUUUCAGGCAUGUUGACUGAAGAAUGGGGUGAGUUGAGGCAUGGUGACAGCGAAUCCCGAGUGCUGUUCAAGGCAGGUAAAAAUAGAGACGGAUACUUCAACAACGACAACCUUGUGAAACAGGUCGAUAACGCAAUCGACAUCUUCGAGGAGAAGACCCAUGGUUUCAAACGAGCCCUGUUUUUGUUCGACAACGCAACAUCGCAUCAGAAACGGGCACCUGAUGCUCCGAGCGCAAGAAAGAUGGUGAAAAACCCAAAGCGUGCAUGGACACAUCAACCAAAUGGACCGAAAAUGCGGGAUACAACCCUACACGAUGGAACACAACAAAAAUUUUACUUCGCGGAUGAUCACCCCACAAUGCCUGGGUGGUUCAAAGGCAUGCAGGUCAUUCUGGAUGAGCGC